CGGCCGCCAGCCGCCAGCGCCCAGCAGCGCACCGAGCGCAGCCCCGCUCGCCGCCGCGAUCCUAGCCGCGACUGUCCGAGUGUUGCGAUGAAGCAACACGAAGCAUCAAUAACAAAAUCGUAUAAUGCUAAAGCUACCCAAAGGUCUUAAAAAGAAGAAAAAGGGAAAAAAGUCCAAACGUAAAGGUGAAGAAGAGCUUUUUACUGAAGAAGAAUUAGAAAAGUAUAGAAGAGAGCAUCAGCAGCAAUGUACUGACAGUGGUGAAGGUACUACCAAAGAAAAUGAAGAGUGGUCUAAAUUCAAAGAUUUGACUACGGGCAUAGAUACGGUACUAAAAAAAACACAAGGUGACCUAGACCGCAUCAAAUCCACUUCAUUUUUUCAACGCAUUCCUCCAAAGCAGGCCGAACCUGAAAAAAAACAGUCUCCACCUAGGCCAGUUGUUGAAGUUACCGAAGCAGACUUCCCACAGCUUAUUCAAGCUCAAACAGAAGCUGACGAAGAUCGGAGUGAGUACGGCGUGACCGACGACGAGUCCGAGGAAGAGGAGCAGGACGACAUCUUCGAUACCUCGUACGUAGAAGCUGUAGAACGCGGGGAAGUGAAACUCGGGUACGUGCCUGACUCGCCGGAGGAAUUCCAGGAUGACGACAUCUUCGAUACAUCGCACGUCGAUGCUUUAAUAAAGGGGCAAGAAGUCAAAACCUCCAAAGGAAAAAAGUCAUUAGACAUCGGAAUAGCUGUUGGUGUUCUUACUGGCAGAAUAGAUAAUGUAACGGUUACUACGAAACGAUCUAAGAGAGUAAUUCCUGGUGAUUUAUUAUUAGAUAAUGCUGACACAAAUGACGAGAGACCAACUGAAACGAUUACUGUAGACGAGCCCAUUGAGAAAAGUAUAUUGGACCUCGAUGCAGACAUCCCUAUAACGACACCUAUUGACUUAAGCGUAUCACUUCACACGUCUUUGAUUCAACAAACGAAAGGUGACACAGAAAAGGCGCCUGCGAAAGAUUUUUUUUCUGCAGAUCAACCACCGGCCGAUGAAGAAUUUGAUGAAUUUACAUUGCUUGCAGCAAAAUCGCUUGAAGUCAACUCAGAAGUAACAAAAUUAGGAGAAACCGAAAUAAAGGCGGAACCCGUUUUACAAGAGUCGUGGUCAGCUUUUGAAGCUGAUAAAAAUGAAUUUGUGUUUGCAGAGAGCAUCGUUGAAGAUCAGAUAGAUGUGCUUGAUCCAUACUUAGAUCAAGACGAUCCGUUUGAUACUAGUUUUGCGGACGCUGUAAUUCCUGUGAAUCAGUUUCAAGCGAAUAGAGAAGCAGUAAUUCUCGAAGACGACGACGACUUUGAUCCGCGUUCUGAAGAAGUUCGAGUAAAAUUAAACAACAGGCGUAAAUCUUCAGUACGUAUUCAUUUAACUGAUCCGUCAGGCGUCCGAGAAUCCAUAACGUCUGACGAUAUUAUUGACAAAGAAGAUAAUCAAUCAGUCCGGGAUUUGUUGGGAGGUAGUACCACAGACUUAACUCAGCUAGGAGACUCGCCACUGGAUCCAGUGGAUAUCAAUAACUGUGAGAUUGACCCAUUUGACACUACUAUUGUUGAUAGCAUUGUUGCUCCUGGCAAGGUAGAGUUAAAGCUUUUAGAACAAGAAUUAAUAAGUUCAAGUUCUUCUACAAUAUAUAGAGUGCCAAGUGAUCCUGAUUUUGAUCCUAGGGCGGACGAACCAAAACAAGCAGAGCGUCGAGCUUCUCGUCCUGAGAACUUAACAGUUAGUAAGAGUGUUGUGUUCAACGUUGACUCAGACGAAUCAUUAGGCGUCGACACAAAAGUAAAGUCGAAUAAACCGGUCACACCUUACUAUACUCGGGAACUUUCAAUCACUGAAGACGCCAGCGAAGAAGCGGAAGCAGCGGACAGUGUACCUGAUACGUUGACACGCACACGGUCUGACGAAGACUUGGCACCGAAAGUCAACUAUCAAAAUAAAAGAAGACAUUCAGAAUAUUCUCGGACAAGUGACAUAAAGGCUAGUGACCUGUUACAUAGUGCUCAAGUUGAAGUUAAAACUAAGGUACUCACACCUUCGGAGCCAGUGCAACCGGCGACGAUAAUUGAUCCUUUCGAUACUUCUUUUGCUAGUAAUAUCGUUCCUUGCAAAACUGAAUUAAAACUUUUAGCCAAAGAGUUUUCUUGUGAAGAAACCGAUAGCUCAGAAGACACCAAGCACGAUUUAUUAGCUCCAUCUGACGACAUAUUUCAAGCGAAAGCUCUAACUCCAGAACCUUCAAGCUCUAAAUUGAUAGAUACAAACUUCGACCCAUUUGACACAUCUUUUGCUGGUGACCUGAAUCCGGGCAAAACAGAAAUAAAACUUUUAGAAUCAGAGUUUUUAAACAAUUAAACAUUAAUUAAAAUGGCUUACAAUCCAUUCCUAAGUAUGAACGAGCCGAGCGCUCCAGCCACUACGGAUGUUCUUAAUCCCUUUAUGAUUGCUGAUGCGGAACCUGAGGCAAUUACUUGUGAAAAUCCGUUCGCUACUAGUAAUCCCUUUUCUGAUUUUGGUAGCGGAUAUGAACCACCGGCCGGAGAUACUGUACCCGUAGAUAUUUUUAGCGGUAUAGAACCGACUGGCAUUGGCGCCAAGCAUUACGAAGAAUUUUCUGAACAAAAAUCUACACCACUGGACAUAUUCACAAGCAGUCCAGUGGAUCAAGACCGAUUAGUGAAACCAACUGAACUCGAUUUAGUGGCUGCUACGCUCGACCAUCCAUUUUCGAAUGAAGAAGAAGAUCAAAGUCAUCAUUUGCCAGCCCGACCUUUGCCACCUGAAACGCAAAAUUUAAUCUUAACUGUAACUGGUCAAAUGGAAUUUACAAGUUCACAUCUUUUGGACCGCAUACCCCCUACACGCACUCCGAGUCCUGUGUCGGUGCGAGACAUUCAUUCACCUAGCCCCACGCCGGAGCCGGAGCACGUGGAUGAGCCACUAGGCGACAACUUCGAUAUCAAUCGCAACAAACCGACACGGCCGCCGCCGGCCCGGCCGCCGCCAGCGACUCGGCCGCCCCCGCCGCGGCCGCAGCCGCCGCGCCCGCCCCCAGCAGCGCCGUUGACUCAAUCAGUAGCGCCACCACCCGUGCAACAAUCAGUAGCGCCACCACCCGUGCAACAAUCAGAUGACAUUAAUCUAUUCGAUGCACCCAUGCCUGCCUCUAUCAAACCUACUAAGGAGGCUAUUUUAAGUCUAUACACGGCACCAAAAAAAGAAGAAAAGCCCAUAGAUUUCUUAAGUGACGAUUUAUUAGAUGACGUCACUCCUAAUGAAACAUUCAACAUUCCACAACAUGUUCCCGGAGAAGUAGCGACGUCUGUCGGUACUGUUCCUGGGCCAACUAGUUUCGAACCAGACGAGCUCAAAUCAGUGAGUGUGACAGCAAACAAUGUGUUUUCUACAACAGUAGACUCCUUAGCGGACACAGUGGCACCUAUGGAUUGUUCGGAGCCACAGACUGAGGACGCCACUGCGACUUGUAAUACUUCCCCAUUUGGAAACGCUUUGAAGGACGACUUCUCAGAGCAACCGGCCGGCAUAGAUGUUGAACGGAAUCCUUUCGAGAAUCCUAUCGAUUCUGUAGACGUGGCAGCCCAGUUACCUGAAGCUGUAGAUAUAUUUGGCGUGACAUCAAAUGAUAUUGUAAUGACAAGUAGUAACGAAGUUUUUAGUAACACGAAAGAAAAUAUUUUUGAGAUUUCAUCCAUAAAUGAAGGUCAGCUGACAGGCGAAACUCCACGCGAUCCAUUCAAUUCGGCUCCAAGUGGAACUACUAACGCUGCUUCACUCGCGUCUCAACCACUGGACCGACAGCCGGACGUUAGUGGUUUGUCACCUUCAACUACUGCUGACUGGGGAGCCCCCACAGAAGUAACUAUGCAGGAUGCUUUCCCCAGUAGUCAAGAUGCGUUUGACGCAUUCUCAGCGAAGUUUGACGCCACUGCAGCAAAUAACUUGAAUUCAGGAGCUUGGGGCGACGACAGCAGCGCGGAGGCGGCGCCGAGCGGGUUCGAAGCGGAGGCCUUCGACCCGUUCCUCAGCAUGGGCGCGCCGCCGCCGCCCGCCGCCACGCCGCGCCUCGACCACCAGCCCUCUCGUGACUCGGUGGACGACACCUUUUCAGUCUUCAUAAGGCCGAAGGAGAGCGAGGCGGGCGGCGGGGCGGAGGGCGCGGGCGGGGGCGCCGUGCCGGUGCUGGCGCCGCCGCCGCGCCCGCAGGCGCUGCCCGAGUCCCCGCGCGCCAACCCCUUCGACAAGAGCGGGUUCGAAGAGCGCAGAGACCAAGUGUUCGAGCGAGGCGAGGGCGAGGUCGGCAGCGAGGGCGACGGCGAGGGCCCGCCCACGCCGCUGUUCGAUGAGGAUGUGUCGCAGCCGCUGGAGGACUUCCCGCGCACCAAGUACUCGGGCCCGGGCUGGGAGAUGCACUUGCGACAGCCUAAUAAAAAGAAAAUCACAGGACAGAGGUUCUGGAAGAAGAUCUUCGUGCGCGUGGCGCUGGUGGGCGACAGCCCGGUGGUGCAGCUGUACAACAGCGCCACGGACAAGGAGCCCUUCCAGGAGCUGCCGCUGCAGGCCUGCUACUCCGUGUCCGACAUCGGCGCGCAGCAGUUCGAUCAGUUCGGCAAGAUCUUUACCGUCAAGUUGCAGUACGUCUUCUACAAGGAGAGACCUGGCGUCAGGCCGGGCCAGGUGACGAAGGCGGAGCGCAUCACGAACAAGUUGUCUCAGUUCGCGGCGUACGCCAUCCAGGGCGACUACCAGGGAGUCAAGGAGUUCGGCAGCGACCUGCGCAAGCUGGGCCUGCCAGUGGAACACGCGCCGCAGGUGUCGCAGCUGUUCAAGAUCGGCUCCCUGACGUACGAAGACGUGAAGCAGUUCAGUUGCUGCGUGGAGGAGGCGCUGUUCCGCCUGGCCGCGCACCGGGACCGCGCGCUCACCUACAAGAUGGAGGAGGUGCAGAUCACGGCGGUGGACGAGCUGUACGUGGAGCAGGACGCGGAGGGCUCCGUGCUGAAGCAGAUCGCAAGAGUGCGACUGUUCUUCCUCGGCUUCCUUAGCGGCAUGCCGGACGUGGAGCUCGGGGUCAACGACCUGCGGCGGCAGGGCAAGGAGGUGGUGGGCCGGCACGACAUCAUCCCCGUCGUCACGGAGGAGUGGAUCCGCGUCGAGGACGCAGAGUUCCACGCCUGCGUGCAGCCCGAGGAAUUCACAAACACGCAGAUCAUCAAGUUCAAGCCCCCGGACGCGUGCUACAUCGAGCUGAUGCGGUUCCGCGUGCGGCCGCCCAAGAACCGCGAGCUGCCGCUGCAGCUCAAGGCCGUGUGGUGCGUCACCGGGAACAAGGUGGAGCUGCGCGCGGACGUGCUGGUGCCGGGGUUCGCGUCGCGCAAGCUGGGCCAGGUGCCGUGCGAGGACGUGUCCGUGCGCUUCCCCAUCCCCGACUGCUGGAUCUACCUGUUCCGCGUCGAGAAACACUUCCGAUACGGCUCCGUCAAGUCUGCGCACAGGCGGACGGGCAAGAUAAAAGGCAUCGAGCGGUUCUUGGGAGCCGUGGACACCUUGCAGGAGUCUCUCAUCGAGGUCACCUCCGGCCAGGCCAAGUACGAGCACCAGCACCGCGCCAUCGUGUGGCGCAUGCCGCGGCUACCCAAGGAGGGGCAAGGGGCCUACACCACGCACAACCUGGUGUGCCGCAUGGCGCUGACGUCGUACGACCAGGUGCCGGCCGAGCUGGCCAGCCACGCCUUCGUGGAGUUCACCAUGCCCGCCACGCAGGUGUCGCACAUGACGGUGCGCUCCGUGUCGCUGCAGGACCACGACGGGGACCCGCCCGAGAAGUACGUGCGCUACCUGGCGCGCCACGAGUACAUAGUGGGCAUCGAGCGCACGUCGGGGCAGGCGGCGCCGGCGUACGCGCUGGCCACGGCGGGGCGCAACGCCGAGCCCGCGCCGCCGCCCGCCGCCGCGCCGCUGCCGCAGCCGCCCUCCUCCGACUCCGACUCCGACUAGGGCACCGAGAGAGACGCUUGCCCUCACACUUGCCUAGGACAAACCUAGGACUCGACGAAAAUAUAUACGGUUUUACCAGGACUAUGAGUAGUUGGUGAUUGCUCUCAAAGGAGUCACAGAUUGCUAAAUAUGUUUGUAAACUAAGAUGCAUUCUCCCUCUCCGUGCAUCCUCUGAAGGAGCUUGGGAUUAAAGUAUUGAACGGUUGGCGGUGGCAUGUAUGUGCUGUAGCACCGCCACGUAGCCUGACUUGAUCUUAAAUAUUAAGUACCUAUGUUAUAUGUAUAAGCAGCAAGUUACAUGUAUUUAACGAUUUCAUCGUACAUUCCAAAUAAUCAUUUUCUCGAUGUAUAGCCAGUAUAAUAUCUAUUUGCCGACGGGUAGCCGCAGUAGGUUAGGGUGAACACUGACCACUACUGAGCAGUGAGCAGCCCUACUGAGGCGGACGGCUGACAGCUGACAGCUCGGUAUAUCAUGUUCCAUAUCUAUUGUCUAUUGUAUGUACAUAAUGUGAUAAAGGUCGUAAACGACUGCGGACGAAACCCCACCGUCGCUGUGUAAGUAGGAGACGCAUGCCGCGCCGUGUGCUGCACGUGUAAGCAAUAUUGUAAUGUUGGGCACACCGGCCGACUGUAUGGGCCCGACGUGUGACCGUCGAUGUUACUCUACGCAAUAAAUACGUUCCCGCGUAUAGUGACGUCACAGACUGCAGCGCUGCAGCCGCCUGUAACACGACGUUGCGGUACUUAGUGGUUUACUUUGCGAGUGUACGAGUGUACUCACACAUACACAGUGUAGUUAGCUGUUGUGCUGUUAGAUUGUAUGAUAAUGUAUUGUUGAUCUCCUGCGUACUUGCGUAGCCUCACCGUCAGCCUAACUGACUACUGACACAAUAAUUAAUCAUAUUAUAGUAACACUAUUUAGAGGGCAUUGUAAAAUACAAAAUGAUUAUUUAUGUAUUUAACUAUUUACUCCUAAAAAAUGCUAGUCGCGUUACACACAAAUAUAUGAUACUGUUAUAUGAUAUACAAUUACUUAACGUGUUGUAGGCGCUGUUUGACAUCUGUUGUAAGUAUAUUAGUACCUGCCGACCUACAUCGCAGACCCUAUGUUCUGUUGUGAAUAAAAUAAAAUAACAUGA